AUGUUCCGUUCGAUCGUGGAGUUCUUCAAAUGGUUCUGUUGUCGAAAGAAGCUGCAAGAUGGAUCCGAUAUUGAACGAGCGAGAGGUCAUGACUUUGAUAACCCACGUCAUUGUGAGGGCGGCCAUGGAACCUGCACUGCUGACAAGCAAAUCGUUGGGACGGUGACCUAUCCGUGGUGUAAAAGUCAUGCCGAGGAACACCAAAAGGAACACCGGGAGAAGGUUGAAAAACUUCCCAAAGAGUGUAUCGUGGUAUACACUGACGGGUCAUGCAAAGAUUAUCCAUCCAAGUUCAAUGGCGUCGGAGCACAUUUUCCCGAUAAAACAGAAUGGGAUUUAAAAUUGAAGUUGAAGGGAGCACGCGCAUUGAAGGAGAAAGAAAACGAUCUCGACUUUCUUGAAAAGCAUCCAAUGGAAAAGGCAUUGUUGACGGUCGUCGACAAAAAGAAGGAAGAACGAUCGACCCUUGUUGAGACAAUCGCUGCCUGCGUAGCCUUGGACAAACUGCUCAAGGAGGGUUUCAAGCACGGUCGAUCGGUGAUGAUUUUCUCCGACAGUAAGGAUAUGUGCAAUGGAAUCGAUCGCAUGAUAAACAAAGAUCUCCAGUGCGAGAAGGACGAGGCGUUGGAAAAGGCUUGGGGGAAAAAUUGGAAGGAUGCUACCUACACAGACGCGCUUUAUAAACUGGCUAAAGUGGUGAAGAUGUUCAGGAAAGUUCACGGUUCAUGGGUGUCUUUCAAAUGGGUGAAAGCUCACGUUGGUGUCCCUGGAAACGUGGAAGCUGAUAAACUCGCUACUGCUGCUGAAAAAGAACCAGAAAAGUGGAUCGAACUGGAAUUCUUGAAUAAGGCAAACACUUCUUCUUCUUCUUCGAGAAAUCAACAC